AUGGAUCCCGCCGAGGCUGAGUUCCUGGCCGAGAAGGAGCUGGUGACCGUCAUCCCCAAUUUCAGCCUGGACCGGAUCUACCUCAUCGGGGGGGAUUUGGGUCCCUUUAAUCCUGGCUUGCCUGUGGAAGUGCCUCUUUGGCUAGCUGUUAACCUAAAACAGCGACAGAAGUGUCGGCUAAUACCUCCUGAAUGGAUGGAUGCUGAAAAGCUGGAGGAAAUCCGGGAUCAGGAACGCAAAGAGGACACUUUCACUCCAAUGCCCAGUCCCUACUACAUGGAACUAACUAAGCUGCUGUUAAACUAUGCCUCAGACAGCAUCCCGAAAGCAGAUGAAAUCCGAACACUGGUUAAGGAUACCUGGGAUACGCGGAUAGCUAAACUGCGGCUGUCUGCAGACAGCUUUGUCAGACAGCAGGAGGCCCAUGCCAAGCUGGAUAAUCUGACCUUGAUGGAGAUCAACACCACUGGGACUUUUCUUACUCAAGCCUUAGAUCACAUGUACAAACUACGCACAAACCUUCAGCCGGGUGAGAGUGCCCAGUCCCAGGAUUUCUAAGAUGCCUUCUGACAGUCUAAAACCCUCAUGGGAUGAGGCAAUAAUAGUAGGAGGACUCUGCCCUGUGGGCACUAUUAAUGAGUCCUAAUGCAACUUGCCUUAUGCUGUUUUUAUGCCUUAAAUACCCUGUAUAGAUCUCUGCUAAAAACCAUACAAAUCUUACACAUUUCCUGUCAAU